UAGCUUCAUACUUAACCGCUUAAGGGUUUUCUAGGGUUUGCAGUCUCUGCAAGUGUUUCUGCAAAAAUGGUUCUUCCCAACGACAUUGAUUUGCUCAACCCUCCCGCUGAGCUUGAAAAGAAGAGGCACAAACUUAAGCGUUUAGUGCAGUCUCCAAAUUCCUUUUUCAUGGACGUGAAAUGCCAAGGAUGUUUUAACAUAACUACUGUUUUUAGCCACUCACAAACCGUUGUGGUUUGUGGGAACUGCCAAACGGUGUUGUGCCAGCCUACGGGUGGACGAGCUAGGCUCACAGAAGGAUGCUCAUUCAGGAGAAAGGGGGACUGAGUGGUGAUCUACUUUUCCUUCAGUUCUAGUGAAGAUCAAAUGGGUUAGUUUCCGGAUGGAAAAUAUGAGAAGCUUUUCGGUUUUGGUCUACUAUAACAUUUUGUUAGGAAAAUGAUUGCGACUUGUUACUAUAACUUUUAAUGUGUUGUUAUAGUUUUACUUUGGUGCAGUUAAAUUUAAUUUU